GAUACACACUUUGGAGGUGAGCUGGGAAUCUAAAGACUGAUCCUCGCUGUCUGACCUGUUCCGUCAAACUUUUUUUUUUCUCCUCCGAGUGAACCUGUAGUGUGAACGCUAUAUUAUCGGAAAGCUGAAAUUUCCGAGGUGGAAUAAAGAUAUCUUAUUUUCGAGUUUUACUGAACGCAUCAACCGAACCGAUGAUUUUUUUUUUUUUUUUUUUUUAAAAAGAAGUCACUUUUGAAAAAUGUAGAGUACAUUUAUGAAACCAGAAAAAGACGUCCUAACUACAGAUAAAGGACUUAAAAUUAGACGGUUCGAACAAUUCUAUGCGGCACACGUAUGAGACAUAAUCCCACAGAUAUGAAGAUUCCCCUCUUCGGUUCUUUACUCCACUAAUAUGGCGGCGACGUCGGCACAUCGUUAAGCGCAACGCGCGAUGAGCAUCUAGCAUUUACCCAUAUACACAUAUAAAUACUGUAUAUGUAUACAAUUAACUACAUUUCCCAUGGAGCUUUGCGGGGGUCACAUGACUUUCAUAUGAUUUCACAUGUUACGUAUCAACAAGUUCCUGGCGAACAGGGCCUGUGUUCAGGUUGACCUACUUCCCCAAAAAUUAAGUAGAUGUCUGCUGCGCGCUGAAGGACUGACGCUCGUACAGAUCAGGUAGUUAUGUCAACGAUGGCUCCUGCUAACGACAAAAAGCUGACAGGAGUGGUUGCUGCCACAUUUACUCCAUUCACCCCACAAGGUGAAAUCAACCUAACAGAGAUUGGACCUUAUAUUGACUACUUGAGAGAGAAGCAAGGUGUAAAUAGCGUAUUUGUGAAUGGCACCACGGGAGAGAGCAUGUCUCUCAGUGUUGAGGAGAGGAAGAUGCUGGCAGAGGAGUGGUGUCAGAAAGCCAAGGGCAAAUUGAAUCAGGUGAUUUUGCACGUCGGCUGCAUGAGUCUUAAAGAUUCCCAAGAGCUGGCUCGCCAUGCAGUGCAGAUUGGUGUCGACGGCAUUGCCGUCAUUGCUCCCUCCUUUUUCAAGCCAAGCGGGGCAGUUCCUUUGAGGAUGUUCCUGGUGGAGGUGGCUUCAGCUGCACCGACUCUACCCUUCUACUAUUAUCAUCUUCCAGCAGUCACCGGUGUGAAUGUGCCAGCGUUAGAUGUGGUAGAAGGUAUUGAGAAGCUCAUUCCUUCCUUCAGAGGGGUGAAGUUCAGUGGGAGUGACCUGAUGGACAUGGGCCUGUGUGUCAGUCGCAGCCAGCCUCACUGGUCGGUGUUGUAUGGCGUGGACGAGGUCAGUCUGUCGCCCGUAGUUACAAGCACAUAUAACUAUCUAGGAUGUCAUGUGAACAAGCUCAUAGCAGCGUUUGAAAGAGGAGACCUUGUUCAAGCCAGAGAAAUACAGGUCAAGAUACAAGAACUUCUGAGCUACGCUACGAAACUGGGAUUUAAUCUGGGAGUGAACAAGCAGCUGAUGAAUGAGUUGUCUGGCUUGAGUCUGGGGCCUCCUCGCCUGCCCCUGAUGCCAUGCCCUAGAGAUCAUGCUCAGUCUAUCAAGCAGAAGUAUCACAGUCUCUUUUCUGAAUAGUGAUGUGCACUUACUGGUCUGAUAAAGCCUUUGUUCCUGUUAUUACUUACAGCCUAGUGAAGGUGAUGGAGCUGAUACCAGCUGACCACUAAAACAGCAAUUGAGAAUUAGACGUUUCUACUCUACACACAACUGACCGUUAAAAAAAAUUGUUACAAUUUUUCUGACAAAAGGCCAAUUACACAAGUUUUCAAAGAUUGUCCCAAGUGCACAGUCAGAAAACAGUUUUGCUUUCCACAGACAGUUAUUUGAAUUACAUUGCAUUUGUAAACGUGCACUGUGCUGAAAACAGUUACAACUAUACUACUUACUUUAGUACUGUAAUGAUAUUUUUAUGGGCAUUUUCUGAUGACGUACAUGUUUGUGUUAAUCUAACCUCUGUAAAAUGCUUACAUUUUUACCCAUUAACAAUUAUUUGAUUGUCAAUAUUGAUCAUUUUGUAUAAUCUGGAUCAAAUAAUCCUUUUUGUUUUUCCCAACAAAUGUAAUAUUUGUUGUUGCUGCAUUCAGGGAACUCAGGGCAAAUCAGCAUGCCAUUAUCCAUGCCAUGACUGCCUUCUUUGGUCUGUCUUGUGGUGUAAAAUUAUACAAAUAAAAAUUGACCACUGCGCAGAAAGCUACUUUUAAAAAGGGAAUUUAAUGACAUGGCUGAUAGUUUACAGACCUAUAAAAUAGGUCACAGAUCAGAAAACGAUAAGGGACCCAGAAGGGGCAUUAAUGUGAACACUGUAUCUAACACUCCAAGACACUAAUCUCAGAUGGUUAAUUUCUCCCAUAAAAGGGAAAUAUGCUGUGUAACAAUCUUCUUUGUAUUGAACUUGUAAGUAAUCAGUUACUAAUAAAUCGCUGAUCCUUUACUUAA